AAUACUACGCAAUCCAUGACCGAUGCGUUAGUGCCACUAGUAAAUUCGCUUGGCUUCGACACAACCCAUUUCGAAUUCUUCACAGCCCCCGACGGAGUCCCCUCCAUCAACAACGAAGAAGAUGCCGCCAAAUCCGCUCAAGCCUGCCUUCCCGUCCUCACCACCCAACUGAAAAACUACGAUGCAUUUCUCGUCUGCUGCUACUCUCACCACCCCCUCGUCUCUCAACUCCGACAAGCCCUCGAAGAAGAAGAAGAAGAAAAAGAAGGCAACCCUCUUCUUCCCAAAAACAAGCCCGUGACAGGAAUCUUCGAAGCGUCCAUCGCCACUUGCAUCCAAAGCAUCAACAUGUCCCACAAAUUCGGCAUCGUAUCCACCGGUUCACAAUGGGAACAAAUCCUCUCCGAAGCCGUCUCCACCAUCCUCGGCAGCAGCGACAGCAGUAACGAAACCUCCUCUCCUUAUUCCACUACUCGCUACGCAGGCUGUCAAACAACAGGUCUCAACGCAGAUGAAUUACACACGACGCCUCCCGCCGAAGUGCGAUUACGCAUGAAAAACGCCACAAAGAAAUUAUUGCGAAAUGGCAAUGCCGGCGGCGGCGGCGCUGUGAAAGCGAUUGCGUUGGGGUGUGCGGGCAUGGCGGGCAUGGAUGCCAUUGUGCGUGAGGCGUGCGUGGAAGAGUUGGGGGAGCGAGAGGGGAGGGGGGUGAAGAUUGUGGAUGGAGUGGUUGCUGGUGUGGUGUUUUUGGAAGGGGCGCUGAGGUCGGGGUUGUGAAUUUACUUGCCUGUACUUACCACUAGUUAUU